AUGAAACGAUGGAGAACCCAAACUUUAUGUCGCUUGCUUCUGUGUGUCAGUAUUUUACCAACCUGUUGGUGUGCUCAGGGGAAAUACGCUCAAAAGCUCCUGAGUGAUUUAUUCACCAACUACACUAGUGCGCUGAGGCCUGUGGAGGACACAAACACCAUACUGAAUGUGACCCUGCAGAUUACACUGUCACAAAUCAUCGACAUGGAUGAGCGAAACCAAGUUUUGACUGCAUAUUUAUGGAUACGGCAAGUGUGGGUUGAUGCACACCUCAAAUGGAAUAAAGAUGAUUACGAUGGACUCGAUACCAUCCGUAUACCUAGUAGUUAUGUAUGGAGACCUGAUAUAGUCCUAUAUAACAAUGCCGAUGACCACUUUACUGGCUCCAUGGACACCAAUGUGGUGAUCCGGCAUGAUGGCCAGAUGAUGUGGGAUUCCCCUGCUAUCACAAAGAGCUCCUGCAGAGUGGACGUGUCUUUCUUCCCCUUCGAUGCUCAGCAGUGCAGGUUCACAUACGGCUCCUGGACCUACAACGGUAACCAGCUGGACAUCCUGAACGCCUUGGAGAGCGCUGACCUGGCUGACCUGGUGGAAAAUGUGGAGUGGGAGGUGCUGGGAAUGCCGGCCAAGAAGAACGUCAUUCAGUAUGGCUGCUGCGCUGACCCUUACCCUGAUGUGACCUACACACUGGAACUGAAUAGGAGAGCGUCCUUUUAUGUCUACAACUUGCUCAUACCAUGUGUGAUGAUCUCUUUCCUGGCACCACUGGGCUUCUACCUGCCCGCUGACUCGGGAGAGAAGGUGUCUUUGGGUGUCACCGUGAUGCUGGCACUCACUGUCUUUCAGCUGUUGGUUGCAGAGAUCAUGCCACCAUCUGAGAAUGUGCCACUUAUUGGAAAGUAUUACAUUGCAACGAUGACCAUGAUCACGGCCUCAACUGCCCUGACCAUCUUCAUCAUGAACAUACACCACUGCGGUCCGGAUGCCAAGCCUGUUCCCAAGUGGGCCAAGAAAGUCAUUUUGCAGUACAUGGCCAGAAUGUGCUUUGUCUAUGAAGUUGGGGAGAACUGCUUGUCACCGCAGCCGGAGAAUCAGGAGCCUCCACCGGUAAAGAACACCAACUGCAGCAUGAACGGUCAGGCAGGACCGGGCAAAGAGGACUGCGUCUUCAAAAUGGAGAGAGGACAAGAGACAGUGGGCUCCUUGAACGGCGAGGAGAGGGAAGACAUGGAUCAGAUGAUGAGCCCGAUAGGCUCCAUUGGGAAGAACACCACCAACAACUACAGUGCUUGGAAGAAUGGUAUUUUCAUGAGCAUGGACUGUGGAGAGGCAGGGGGUCAGAGGAGAGGCAGAAAGGGAGGUGUGAGCGAUGGAGAGAGAAGAGACGGAGAGGUUUCCUGCCACAGCCAAAGCAAUGAGCUACUGCAUAACAUUGAGUACAUAGCCAACUGUUACAGAGAUCAGAGGGCAACACAGAAAAGGACUGGGGAGUGGAAGAAAGUAGCUAAAGUUUUAGACCGCUUCUUCAUGUGGAUAUUUUUCAUCAUGGUAUUUUUCAUGAGCCUUCUCAUCAUGGGCAAAGCCAUCUAA